UGGUCUCGGCUGAAGAAGAGGAGGAAGGAGAGAAAUAGAGGGCCUCGGGCUCCUAAGAUGGCGGCUGCAGGAGCGGCUGCUGCGCCUGGUUUCUCUGUGGGGGCGAAGGCGGGCUCUUCCGCGGGCCCCGGCAGCCCGGACCCGGGCUCAGCCAACGCCCCCGAGGAGGAGCUGCCUCCCUUGGAGCCGGGCGAGGUGGGGAGCCGCCUGGAGAGGAGCGCCCGGCAGUUCCGCAACCGGCGCAAGGUCCUCAUCCGGGGGCUCCCCGCCGACGUCGCCAGCCAGGAAGUACAUGAUCUGCUGAAUGACUAUGAACUCAAAUACUGUUUUGUGGACAAGUACAAGGGGACUGCUUUUGUCACCUUUUUGAAUGGGGAACAAGCUGAAUCAGCUAUUAAGAAAUUCCACCUGAGCAAGCUGCGAGAUAAGGAAAUCACUGUACAGCUGCAGCCCACGGAUGCCCUUUUGUGUAUUGCUAACCUCCCUCAACUGUACACACAGCAGCAAUUCGAAGACCUAGUUCGACCCUUUGGGAAUCUUGAGCGCUGCUUCUUGGUGUACAGUGAGAAAACAGGACACUCCAAAGGCUACGGCUUUGUGGAAUAUAUGAAGAAGGAUUCAGCAGCCAGGGCAAAAUCUGACCUGCUGGGCAAACAACUGGGAACACGGACUCUCUAUGUUCACUGGACGGAUGUCAACCAACUGACCCUAGACCUUAUUCACUCAAAGUGCUUAUGUGUUGAUAAACUGCCCCACAAUUACAAUGAUGUAGAAGAACUGAGGCAAACCUUCUCUGCCAUCUGCCCUCCAACAUUCUGUCAAUUGGCAUGUGGGCAGGAUGGACAGUUGAAGGGUUUUGCAGUCUUGGAGUACGAGACAACAGAGAUAGCAGAGAUGGUCCAACAGGCUACCAAUGGCUUUCCGCUUGCAGGGAACCACAUCAGAGUCUCCUUCUGUGCCCCAGGCCCUCCUGGGCGAAGCAUGUUAGCUGCUCUGAUAGCUGCUCAGGCAACAGCACUUAACCGUGGGAAAGGGCUUCUACCUGAGCCCAAUUUUCUUCAGAUUUUGAACAGUUUAGGGAAUCCUACAUCAAUCCAGCUUUUACUUAACCCCCUUCUUCAUGGAGCCAUUGGAGGUAAACAAGGAAUCCUGGGAGCCCCACCAUCAGUGCCUCUCUUAACAAAUCCAGCCCUGUCUACUGCUUUACUUCAGCUAGCUCUCCAGAAUCAAACACAAGCACAACAGAAGGCAUUUCUUGGAAACUUGCUCUUAGUCCAAAACCAGGUCUGGACACAACUUCUGCAGAACAAGGAAAACCAGGCCAUAUUCCAUAAACCAGGAAUUUUGGGAGACUCUCCCUUGGGUUCCUUGCAGCAUGGACCUCUGGGGAUGCCAAACACACCAGCUUCUCAGACAGGAAAUCAACUAAUGGGUGAAAUGUCUUCUGGGGGCACUAUAAGUGCUGAUAUGGCCCCAGGACCAGUGACGUCUCCAAUCUUGCCUUCUGGAAACCUACCUUUGCCAUCCUAUCUGGGCUCCUUGGGGAUAGAGAGGGAGAACUCUGUGGUAGGAACACAGACAUCCCAGCUGACUCCACCUGGCCUGCAAGGCCUCACCACCUCUAUUCUAGGAUCUGUAAUCAGUGGGCUUCAGAAACCAAAGCAGACAGAAAAUGGGCCUCCUUCAUCUGGGGUCUCUCUGUUAGGAGAGCCACCAAAAGACUUCAAGAUUCCACUGAAUCCCUACUUAAAUUUGCACAGUCUUCUCCCUACAAGCAAACUUGGAGGUGGGGCCAAUAAAGCAUUCAGCCUGAAGACUAGUGUACUUGGCAAUGUUUCCAAUCCCAGAAUUCCUCAGGCCUCCAUAUCUGACCCUGCACUGCCCUCACCUGGGCUGACAGGAGACAACUGUGUAUUUGAGUACCAGCCAGACUUGGGAUCACGAAUGUAUCCCCAGGCUCGAGAGACAGGGUCCCAGUUAGGUGGAUUUGCACACAGCAAGCAGAAGGUGCCGUUGCCUGGGUUUGACCGAAACAGCCUGGGGUCCCCUCUGCCUCCAUUCUACUCAGGAUCCCCAACCUCCUAUUUCACUAGUGGUCUUCAAGCUGGACUCAGGCAGAGCCACCUGAACAAAGUAGUUGGGAUGCCUCCUGUGGGUGCUGGAGACAGCAUCCUGGGACUAGGACCAGCCAGUCACUCACAGGGGACCUACUCAAAGACGCCAGUUGGUGGUCAGAAGCGGGCAUUUUCCCACCUUAUCCCAUCCCCAGAACCCAGCCCAGAAGGCAGCUAUGUUGGUCAGCAUUCUCAGGGCCUGGGAGGUCACUAUGCAGACUCCUAUCUAAAGCGAAAGAGGAUAUUUUAAUCCAUUCCCCGUUGAAGCCCCCUUCUUCUGUUCCUCCCCUUUUUCUUAAUGUGUAAAUUUUUGUAAAAAUGUUUUUAAUGUUAUGUUUUUAGGGUUUUUAUUUUACAAGUUUGUUGUGUAAAGGAUUUGUCUUGGGGUCAGAUAUAAGCACAACCUGGACAUUUUGGUGCUUUUCCAGAGCAAAUGCCCCUCUUUCCGAGUGGAGGGUAUUUGGGCAAUCAUGAGAAGCAUUGCCAAGCUGCAGACAGUCCCCUGCUGCCUCUCUAUCAACUGAAUACAUUUUCUCCACUUGAGCUCCUUCCUAUACUGUUUCCUGAUUGCAGCGUAUUUUUCCCUGCAAGGAUAUGAGCUCCCUGCCUUAAAACUGCUUCUAGCAAAUGAAUGUAUUUGAAUAAUGUUGGUGCCUCUGGAUGUGCUGCAGUGUGGUGGAGUGAAUUGCUAAGAGGAAGGAGGUGGCAUUAAAGGACCCAGGUAUCACCCUGGGAAACAGGUCGAGUUGACUAGAACCUGUCACCAACAUGCUCCUGAAACCCCCAGGCUGAGUUUAAAGUUUCUGCCUCCCUACAGUCUGUUUUUCCUUUUGUUUUAAAAACAUGAAGUCUGUUUUUACUUAUUUUGGUAAUUAUAACAUGUAAAGUACCUUUUUUAAUUUUCCAUGCUUUUAGUUAUUUCCUUUUUAACUAGUUCAGGAGUAUGAGAUCUUGGUAUGCAUCCAUAUGAUCUUGGAUAUUGUGUGUGUGUGUGUUUAAAUCUCUUGCUUUCCUAGGUUUGAUGUGCAUAUUUUGGUCUAAACCAUUGCCUCCUCUGGGUGCAAAUGAUUUUUUUUCUCUUGAGUGUAUUUUUCUUUUCUUUUUUUGACAGUUGUCUUAAUGCUGAUCCUGUAGUCUGAUAGCUUUCAAGCCAAACUUCCCUGGCUGGGGACAAUCUUUGGGCAUUGGUUUCUGGAGCAACUUAAGAGUUUUGUGCAGCAAUUCUGCAUCUUUCUUGAUAGUAACAGGAGCCCCCAUUUACCUUUUUGAUAGCACCCAGCAUUGAAGCUUGAGCAAAGCUGAGAGGUUAAUGCUGGUUCCAUUGAACUGGCACUUUUCACCUCCAAUGUUAGGAAUGUUUCUUUUUCUUAUGCUGGCUGAGGGAAAUGGAAAGCACAACUUUAUCCCACCCAUGCACCUCUUGACCUAGAUACAGGUUUAGCCACUUAGUGGCCCGGGUUCAGUCUGCUAUAAAGAGGAAUAGCUCGACCAGUUGCUUGAACUUACUUAGGUUCAGGGAGGGCAGUGUUUCCACAUUGCCCAUUCUCAGUGAAGAUUUGUGUGGGGUUAAUUUGAGACAGAAUUGGGGUCUGUGGCCUUCUCAUUGGGGGAUUUAUAUUUCUGCUUAUACUUUUUUUCUGUUUUAUAAACAUGCUAUAAUGUUUCUAUUGUAGAUACUGGCUGGUUUGCUGUAUUUGCCAUGAGAUUUGAAAUCUCUUGGCAACUGGAUACCAAUUUUCCAAAGUAAAGCUAUAUUUAUAUCAAA